AUGUAUUCAACUGCGUACAGUAUUGCACGGAAACGUACUUGCUGUAUGCAUUAUUAUGAUGAAGAUUUAGAUGAACUGCGCCGAAUAUUUUUGUUAAAUCGAUCAAAUGUAUGUCUUAUUUCGGAUGAAAAUUUUGCAAAAUUAACAAAUAUCCCACGCAUCAAUAAUGGAGGUUGCACAUUUUAUUUGGAUUUAAUGGAUAAUGCUUUCAAUAAGUCUAUUGAAUUGACCGGUUAUUGGCAAAGUUAUCGUUAUUUUAUUGAUUAUGAACAAGAAAUUCGUGAACAGUUUGUAUUUAAUGCUAACAUUUUAUCGAGAGCGAUAUCGUAUUUACUCCGUCAAAAUCCUCACAAUCGUACACUUAUUGGUAUCCAUAUUCGUCGUGGUGAUUUUCUUUCGUUUAGACAUUCCGUAAUCGGUGGAGUAGUAGCAUCAUCUAUUGAAUAUAUUCAUAGCGGAUUGAACUAUUUCAUUGAAAAAUACUCGAAUCCGCUUUUCAUUGUUGUUAGCGAUGAUAAAUUGUGGUGUAAGGAAACUUUAGGAUUAAGAAAUGAUGUGAUCAUCACACCAUCUAACUUUUCAUCAGCUGAUGAUUUGGCUGUAUUGACAUUAUGUAAUCAUAAUCUUAUCACUACGGGUACCUAUAGUUGGUGGGCUGGCUUUUUUUCUAAAGGUGAAGUAAUCUACGACAAAAGUUAUCCAAAGCAAAAUAGCUUGCUUGCAUGGAAUUGUCAACAGAAUGAUUAUAUCCCACCAUCGUUCAAGUCUCUAACAUAG